GUCAUUUACAUAGAACGGUUUUUGGACGGCUUGUUUUGUUGUCAAAGUGAAUUGAUGUGCGAAAUAAUUGUUCACGAAUAUUAUUCAUUAUUUCCGUAAAAAUAGGAUUAACACAAUGAUUACUAACUUUGAUAAACUCUGUGGAGAUCUAGAAAAGCAAGAAUUGGAGGCUCCUACCGGUAUAGCAUCUCCUUCUACGUAUGCACAACUAUUGGCAAUAUAUUUAUACCAAAACGACUUAUGUAAUGCAAAAUUCCUGUGGAAGAGAAUCCCCCAAAACAUAACUAGUAGUAACCCAGAAAUAUCCGCAAUAUGGGCGGUGGGCCAGAAGUUAUGGAAAAAGGACCUACCUGGUACUUACCAGGCUCUAGCAGCUUUCAACUGGACUGAACCCGUUGCUAAUAUCAUCCGAGCUUUAGAAGAUAACAUAAGGGAGCGCACAUUCAACCUGAUUGGUCGCUCAUACAGCUCAAUAUCAAUUGACACUGUAGUCUCCAUGACCGGCUUGAGCAAAGACGCAGUCCUACAUGUCUGCAGAGACCGCAAAUGGAUGUUGAAUGAAGAUGGCGUCACCGUCAGCCCCACACCACCCACCCAGCCCGCACCACUCCACACAUCCAGUGAAGACCAGCUGUUCAAGUUAACUGAAUUUGUUUCUUUCUUAGAAAAUUAAGUAAGUUAUUAAUAAUCUUAGUUACUCUCGGUUUUUCUAUUCCAUCAAGAGAUUAAUUCCUAAAUUACGGUGUGUAUUUAAAUAUAAAAACUUUUUGUAAUUUGGAAAAUAAGUCAGCGGGUAAAUAAUGCAAAGCUUAUUAAUUUAAUCUCAUUUAAUACAUACAACACUAAUUCGAUGUCUACAUUCAUAAGAACUAAAACAAAAAUCUUUAAUACAAAGAUAUUAUUUUAAUAGGUAUAAAAAGAUCAAUAUAAUAUGUAAAGUUAAGUGGCAGUGUAAAUUCGUAUGUUUUAUCUUACAAUAAAGCUGUAAAUUGUC